AUGUCAGGAGAGACCAGGGCCACCCCUCUCCGUUUGGGGUCGAUUGCCCCCAACUUUCAAGCGGAAACCACCAUCGGCCCUAUCGACUUUCACGAGUGGGUGGGCAAUAACUGGGUGAUUCUCUUCUCCCACCCAGAGGAUUACACCCCGGUCUGCACUACCGAGCUGGCCGCGCUGGCCAAGCACGAACCCGAGUUCACUAGGCGCCAUGUCAAGCUCAUUGGACUCUCGGCCAACUCCAUCGAGUCGCACGAUGGCUGGAUUAAUGACAUUUCCGAGAUCGCGGGGUGUCCCUUGACCUUUCCCGUCAUCGGCGAUAAGGAUCGCCAGAUUGCUUUUGCCUAUGACAUGUUGGAUCACCAAGAUACCACCAAUGUGGACGCCAGGGGAAUUGCCUACACCAUCCGGUCCGUCUUCAUCAUCGAUCCCAACAAGGUCAUCCGCCUGAUCCAGUCCUACCCCGCCUCCACGGGUCGUAACACGGCCGAACUGCUCCGCGUAGUUGACUCUCUACUCGCUACGGACAAACAUGGAAUCAAUACCCCCGUCAACUGGCAGCCCGGUGACAAGGUGGUCGUCCCUCCCAGUAUCGGUGAGGAGGAUGCCAAGGCCCGGUUCCCGGAUUUGCAAGUGGUCAAACCGUACCUGCGGUUCACCCCUUUGGCGAAAGAGGAUUACAUCCCUCGUUGGUAA